AUGUACAAAAUUAAACAAUAUUGUGUUACAAAAAGUUGCGUAAGCCAGUGCUUUGUGAACGAAAAUGGUGAAAUGGCGCAAAGCGAAACGGAUCGACCGUAUGUGAUACAAUUCUCGGAGAGCCGACCUCGGUCGGUGAGGCGGCUGUCACUACCUAAUACCGUGUAUAUAGACAUACCUGGGGCGAACACUAGUACACAGUCUCAAACUACGAAUGAAAAUGUUCGCGAGGUACGCCCUUUUUGGACACCAGACGUGGAACUAACACAGACUGAUGUUGGAAGAAGGGAGACAAGCCAGAACUUUGUCGAGGAGACAAUUUUCUACGAUCCGUUCGACGAUAGGCGAAUAGAUAUUACGAAGUGCGCAACUAGACCUGUCCAGGUCUUUCAAACAUACAGAGCAGCGCCCUCUUUACCUUCUCCUGAAAGGAGUACAGCAUAUCGACCAACGCAACCAUACGAUAUCCAGGCUUCAGAUGACGGUUUUAGAUUACCCCCUCUACCAGUUCUCGAUACUCCAGAACCCCCUCCGGCUUAUACGGAAAUUGAUGAACGACAGAGGGAAACACCGAUAGUUAGGACUACCCCAGUGUACAGAGGGCAGCAGUUAUCCGGGGAAUCACCGAGGAAGCUCAUAAUAUGCCCCUGCUGUAGAAUGAGGGUCUACACUAUUGUGAUAAGGGAGUCUGGAGCUUUGACCCACGUUAUAGCGACAAUAGUAUUUUUUCUUUGUCUGCCUCUAGUGUUCUGCGUGUACCUGACAGAGUUCUUCAAAUACAAAAAUCAUUAUUGCCCCAAUUGCAACAAUAUGAUUGGAUACGAGAUUCCAGUUAUGUGUACAGAGAUGGUAUACACGAAGUCAUGUGUACAGAACCUCACCUCUGCCCAAGAGUCUUAA